UUAAUUACGUAUUACACAAUGCGAGGCAAUUUCAAACGAUCCAGACCUAUUAAAGCUUAUGUUCAAAAGAAACAAUAGUUUGACAAGAUGUUUGAUAAUUCUUAUGUGUGUGACUUUGAAGAAAAUAUACUGUUUAAAAUGGCAAACGGCAACAACAAUUUGGAAGUUGCAACACUUCUAGCAUUGGGAACCGGGAACAUGGCGCCACUGAUAAAAGAAGAGUUAAAAUGUACAAUUCAGUCAAGACGAUUAGCAAAGGGCCAACACGAAAUGAAAGUAGAAUUUCCAGAUGAAACAAAGCAUGAGCUUACAGAGGAAGAACGUGAUAAAAUUGUUAAACGUCGUGAACAAAAUAGACUGGCAGCACAGAGAUUCCGUGAUAGAAAGAAAAAUAAUUCAACAUCACUUUGCAAGAAAAUACAAGAACUGGAAGCAGACAACACACAGAAGUCAAAUGAAAUUAGGAAUCUCCGUGCAGAAAAGGCAAAGUUACAGAAAAUGUUAUAUCAACAUCUCUUAGUUUGUCCUAGUGCGAAACAAAGUAUACGAUUUGAGCCAUGAACUCUGGCACUAACAGUGACCUACAAUGGGAUUCCAUAUGCCCUAAUAUGACCAUCAGGAGACAAUUUUCAACUUACAUACUAAGAAUAAUUGGAAUGUUUCCUUGUUUGCCGUAUUCUACAUUUACAUCUACAUCAAAAUUGUUCCAAGGAAUUCUGGCAAGGACAAAGAACUUCGAAAAUCUAUGACAGAGUAGAUAUGAUAAUAUAAACAGUACCAAUUUUACAGCACUAGAGAAUGUUUUAUCGUCCAUGAAUCAUGAUCAUUAGUUUGAACUGUCUAUACACUUAGCUGUAAUAUUUAGAAUCUAAGUACAUAGUGGUUGGUUGAUAAGAUUUCAUUUAUAUAAACAUGUAUUCAUUGAUUUAUGCUUUAUUGUAAGCUAAUUAUAUUUAUGAAAGGGAUAUAUAUAUAUAUAUAUAAACUAUGUUUUACGGACUGUUAUAUAGUAUGAACAGUUAUAAUACUGAUUUGCAAUUGUGAAUGUUUGGUUAUUGAAAUGCAACAAUUUUCGUUUGAUAAACGUGCAUUUAUUGUAAUAAAAUUUUCAUUACCAUCAAAAAGUUUUUAUCAUUAUUGUUUGAUGAUUUGAAGAUAUCGUAACUUACAACAGUAAAUUUCAACAAGACAAUCUUAAUCGAAUACGAUUAUCAGUUUACGUGCCGAACGUUGGUUGUUCUACUCGGGUACUCCAGCUUCCUCGACCAUUAAAAGCAAUCAAUCAAUAAUACAAAGUUACAAGAUACCAAACUAAAUCUGAAACAUUGUAUUUUUUAAACGUCUUAUAUACCACCAGGAUUAAAGUAAUCUAUUACGCAUUUUGUUUACUCCUAAAAUGGAAACUUUGCGUGCAUUUAUAUGUGUUUCCGCGUUUAUGAACAGCAAAUUACACAUUUUGUUGUUGUAUGAUUCUAUACGCCACAAAUACAAUUGAUUAUUCUUAUCUUUAUAUGCUGUUUCGCUGCCAGUAAUACAGAACUGUAGAUGAUGUUUAAAAUAAAGUUGUUAUAUAUGUAUA